AUGAUUCCUGAGGGUCUUGACAAAAGACCCUUGAAUGACUCGUUGGUGAGAUUGUGGAACACAAGCGUGGUCCAAGGUAUUGCCAAGAAAAACCCUUUUGUGUUAUCCAUGACACAUGUUCAGGUCUUUGAUUCUGUUGUUCGUGAACUUGGGAUUCAGAAUGUGAAAGUGUUGCUUGAUAACCACGUGAGUGAGCCAAAGUGGUACAUGAGCAAAGCAGCAGUGUCUAUACAAAAGACAAACCCAAAAGUGCUUGUGGUUAUUUUCGGAUUGAACUAUGAUACUGAGUUGCAGUUCUUGAAGAGUAAACCAUUGAAGAUAGAUUUGGUGAAUAGGAUAUGUGCCAAUAACAUUAAAGGGAUAGAGGACAGAGCUGGAUUCCUCACAACUGGCAAUAAUGCAGUUCCUUUGAUUUUUACAGAGUUUGGGUUUAACGAGGUAGGUUCUUCAAUGGUUCUUGACAUGCCUUCAAACUUAUCUUGUUGGGAAAGAUUUGGAAUGGGGUUUAUGGGCUUUUCAGGGUAG